GGUACCCGGAUGUCCCCGUUGGGCAAUUAGCUACGUCAUUGUUCACCGCCGGACACCCGCUGAAAAUACGGAAUGGAUUUACAACCGGUAUAAAUGUUUCCAUAACAUCGGCCAGCAAUGAACGAUGACCAUUGUUGACAGAUCUUCAGAGAAGUCUGACCACGAGUCAGUCGGGUGCAAUAGAUCCACCUUCACCAGUGGAGACGUGGGGAUGGACGGCAGCUGUUCAAGCAGUUGGGCAGUGGGUUCUACUCUGGCCAGUGACUCUCCUCGGCUGAAGGCUCCUGGAGGCUUCAUGGGCCCAACGCCUGCUGCUGCGAUGUACAACAGCACACCAGCCUCAGUGGAAAGACCCAAAGAGCAAUUGAUGAGCAGUGGUGAUGGUAUUGAGGUGCCCCAGAAGGUGUUGUUCCCCCCUGAGCGUCUCAGUCUGAAGUGGAACCAAGUGCACCGUAUUGGCGCUGGCUUGCAGAAUAUGGGCAACACUUGUUUCCUGAACUCUGCCCUGCAAUGUCUCACCUAUACUCCUCCACUGGCCAACUACAUGCUGUCUCGGGAGCAUUCCAAAACAUGUCAUGAGCCAGGAUUCUGUAUGAUGUGCACAAUGCAGAACCAUAUCAUUCAGGUCUUUGCCAACUCAAGCAAUGUGAUAAAGCCCCUUGGGGUUCUGAAUGAGCUCAAACGGAUUGCAAAGCACUUUCGCUUUGGCAGCCAGGAAGAUGCACACGAGUUCCUGAGGUACACUGUAGAUGCUAUGCAAAAGUCCUGCUUACCUGGAUCAAAACUCGACAGACAAACGCAGGCAACAACUUUCAUCCAUCAAGUAUUCGGUGGCUACCUAAGGUCAAGAGUGAAAUGUUUGAACUGCAAAGCAGUCUCUGAUACAUUUGACCCUUUCCUGGAUGUCACUCUGGAAAUCAAGACGGCGCCCAGUGUCUCCAAGGCCCUGGAGCAGUUUGUUAAGCCAGAGCAACUAGAGGGAGAAAAUGCCUACAAGUGCAGCAAAUGCAAGAAAUUGGUGACUGCCUCCAAGAGAUUCACCAUCCACCGCAACUCCAAUGUGUUCACUCUCUCGCUGAAACGCUUUGCAAGCUUCAGUGGGGGCAAAAUCACUAAGGAUGUAAAGUAUUCAGAAUACCUGGACCUGCGGCCUUUCAUGUCUCAGUCCCAAGGGGAGCCUCAGCCCUAUGCACUCUACGCUGUGCUAGUCCACUCUGGAUUCAGCUGUCAUGCUGGACAUUAUUUUUGCUACAUUAAGGCGAGCAAUGGCCAGUGGUAUCAGAUGAACGACUCGUCGGUUGCUGUGAGUGACCUCAGAUCUGUUGUGAAUCAACAAGCCUAUGUCCUCUUCUACAUCAAGUCCGGUGAUGUCAAGAAAUUGGGGGAUUGUGGCAGCAUGAACCAAAAUGCUCUCAUUCCUGGUCAGUCAUCGCCACGGCCGGUGGUUGUGUCGCGCAUCAACAAUUCUGUGCACCACAGCAACAUUGGCUUCAUAGGACCCCAACUACCCCCUCACAUGACCAAGACUGCUCCCUACAUCAAUGGCAAUGGCUCUCUGAAGGAGUAUGCCAACACCUCCAAGCCCAGCUCCAGCAGCAAUGCAGGGAAGCCCUCAUCCUCUUUCGUCCCUCACUCUGUUCGAAGGGCCACGGUGAUCCCCAACCAAGACAAGCGUCAGAAGGUUUCAUUUCUCAUUGGUCAAGGCAAACCAAACCAUCUCUCCUCCUCGUCUCACAGUCAGCCGUCAGCAGCCAGCAGCGCCUCCUCAAGCAGUUCGACCUCCUCUCAGUCUACCUCAGACACUUGUUUAGCUCCCGCUCAGCUCAACCACGUCAAUGGCACUUCUUGCACUAAUGGGGAUGCCCGUACUGGUGGCAACGGAGACUCCUUCUUGGUUCCUUAUAGCCACGAGUCUUCCGAAGAGUCGGAUCAGGAGAACAGCAGCAGUCUGAGCAGUGACUCUGUCGAGAAACUUCCUGGUCGAGAAAACGGCGCCGGCUUGGAACGAACCGCCUGUGCAACGAGCGGGACGUCGGAACCGCACCGAAACGGAUUCAAUGGAUCCAGUCACAGCAACUCUACAUCCACCCAGAACGGACAACACUACGAUCAUGAAGUGAACGGUCACAACACUGCGGAGAAGAUCACUGCGAGUAACAGUGUCCCGCCGUCUUCUGCGGCGAACGGUGUGUGUUAUGGACUAGACGGCGAUCAUCAGGGACCAAGCAAAGAUGUGCUUCCUUAUGCCGCUGCUCAGGCUACUGCCGUCCACCCUCCAGCUGACAAAAGCCAGUGUGUCUUUGCUCCUGAUGCAAGGGCUAAAACGCUGUCUGAGUUCCUGCCACAGCAAACGGCGUCCUCUGCCGGCAGCUCCCCCAACACUGCCACGGCCACCCUGACACAGUCAGUGUCGUCUGGCGAUCCCGAGUCCAACGGCCGGGGCUCUGCAGCUCCCGCCGCCUCAUGUGGCAGCUCCCAAACCAACGGCCCGUCAGCUGCUCCACGGAAGAUGGUCAACGGCCGAGGCGAGGCCAAGGAUCCGCAACAGGCCUGUGCCUCUUCAGCUGAGUCAGACAGACGUGCAGACGCAAAGGAACAGCUCCAGUCCAGCUCCCGAGACGAGGACAGGCGCUGCUCUCGGGAGCGUGAGAGGAACGCACGGUACACGUCUGACUGGAGCCGGGACAGGGACAGGCACUAUCGAGACCGCAGUCGCGAGCGAGACAGCGAUGGUGACCGCUACCGGCACCGGAGGGAGGAUCGCAACUACCAUCAUCGCUCGUACAGGGACCAUUACACCUCCCGGGACCGCUACUAUCGGGACUUUGAGCCCGAGCGUCGCUGGGACAGAACCCCCCACCACCCGAGGGAGCUGGACCGAGACAGGUGCUCCCACCAUUAUCACUAUUAUCACCAUCAUAGCCGAUCCCGAGAGGAGUGGGAGCGCGAGCGUAGGUGGUAUGGCUCUUCCAGCCGAGAGAGUUCCUGGAGGUGGCAGCAGAACGGUCACGAGUCUCGAGGCGUGAAGGACAAAAGUAACGGCAGGGAGAGAGGCCACUACUCUUCAAAGGAGGAGACAACUUCCACUGCUGCCAAGUCCCGGUGCUCACCGCCGCAUGCCUCGUCGGCCGCCAUGGAUUCAGCUGCUAAUGGGGAUUCGAAUCACAGGAGGUCCAAGGUUCUUCUAGGAAAGGAGAGGGAGGACAGUCCUGAGGGCCACCGCAGUAGAAAACACAAGAAGAGCAAGAAAAAGAAGUCCAAAGACCGAGACAGGCGUCAGGAGAGCGGAAGCUCCGAUGUGGAUUCAGAGCGAGCUGCAGAAUCAAAACGGAAGAAGAAAAAAAAGAGGAAGCAGCGAGAUAGUGAGUCGGAGCAGAGCUCCGGACCAUCCCACAGCCACAAGACCAGGAGCAGCGAGGAGCGGGAGAGUCGCAAACGCAGACACUCUGAAGUCGACCCCGUUAAACACCACAACGAUUGUUCUCCAGAAAAAAAGUCCAGGACGGAACACUUCAAAACAGACGACCAUCACAGUUCACACUCUGCUAACGGCCACUUGAGCACGAGCGCAGGAAACGGUUACAGUGGGACCAAGGGCGACUCCCACACAUUCUCCUGUGGCGUCAGCGGAGCCGCAGCACACUGACUAUUCUCCAGCCACAGCAGUGGAAUGACAUCUGAUUGACGUGGUGCUUCAUCGUUGUAUUUUUACCGAUUCAAUAGUGUUUUAAAUGUUUCAAAUAUUAGUUUUUAUAUCGACGCAAUCCACAAUUCUCGGACAAGAAGUAAAAUAAUGAGAAAUAUUAAUAUAUACUUGUAUGAACUCAAAGCUUGGAGCUGACUCAUCUGUGCUGCUGCAGCUCAGCGGAUCUCAGGACUUCAUCCUUUGUAGAUCUUUUACCUGCUUCGCAGAAGAAUCGGGACAAAGGGAAUAGAUUUCUUUAAGAAGACAUGGACAUGUCAGCAGGGCUGCAAGGUUUAUGGAUGACCUGGAUCCCUGGAGGAACGACGGCAGACAGAUACCUCUCCAUGUUUGCCUGGACACACUUGAGGACAUUUCUUGCUUUUUUUUUUUUUUUUCUCUCCACUGAGUCAUUAUUAAACUCAGACAGAGCUUUUCUCUCUGCAACGUGUCUUUCUGCUCACAUUCUUAUACUUAGCCUCUUUUUUAACCAUCGGCUAAUGAGAGUCGAACCUUUGUUCCUGCAACGGACCAUGUGUUUGCUUUUAAAUUGAGAUUCAUGAUUGGUGUCUUGUAGCGUCCUAAAGACAACUGUGAAGUUAAUUUCAACUGUACUAUCAGUUAUUUUUACAUGUUAAGAUCCUGUAUCAGGAUUUGUCUCUCGCUUUUUCAGACUUGUGUUGAUUCGCUAAAUAAUCUCCAGCUCAAGUCACGAGUGUAAAUUGCUUUUUGUUUUCAAAUUUGAAGCUGAUUUCAAUAGUUUAGCAUGUCAGAUUUAUACAUUGUAAGGUAAAGGCCUUAAAAUACACUUGUUGAUGUCCAACACGACCUUUUGUUCUGGGUUUCUUUGAGUCAGCCGGCUUGUUUCCUGCUCUGUCUCUUGACAGGUGUGUCUUGAAUUUUCAUCUUGCAUAACUGGGACUGCAUCUUAUUGCCACUAAAUUGUUGUCCCCGAGAACCAUUUGAUUUUCCAUACUAGUGUGACAAAAAAAAUUCACAGUGAACGAAAAUCUAUUGCAACAUUGUCUUUCAUUAACGUUUCCCUAUACUGAAUUCAAGUGUAAGUUUUCAAAGAAAACAAACUCCUCAGCACAAAAAACCCUCCUGAGUUCUGUAUAGCUUUUUAAUUUUUUAAUUUUUAUUAAAACUUCAUCAAACUUCAUCAAGUGAAGAGAACAGUCAUUCAAUAUUUCAGUUUUGGCUCAACGUUGAAGACCCAC